AUGUUCGCUGAAAAGGCUCUCUGCUGUGUUCUCGCGCUGCUCGUAGGACAAGUCUACUUGACGUCCGCACGGUCUGUCGAGAGAGCAAACACUGCGAAGGUUCCUACCGUCGAUCCGACCGUCAUAAUUCUAGGCGGAGGAGUCGCCGGCGUGAUUGCGGCGCGGACCUUGUACGAGCAAGGCAUCACGAAUUUCACCAUCGUCGAGGCGCGAGGUGAAUUCGGCGGUCGUCUGCAAACCCAAACGAUCGGGGCUCCAGGCAAUGAGUGGGUCGUGGAGCGAGGCGCAAAUUGGGUGCAAGGUACCCAGACGGAUGGGGGCCCAGUGAAUCCCAUUUGGACUCUGGUUCAGAAGCAUGGUGUGAAGACCCAAUCAAAUGAUUGGUACGGCAGCGUGUCUACAUACGACGAAACCGGAGCUGCAGACUAUCUCGAUGUCUUCGACGAGUCGAGCGACCAGUACACGACUCUUACGGUGGCUGCCGGCGCUCGUGUACAGAAACAACUCGUGGACCUGACUGCGAGAAGCGGCUACUCGCUCACUGGAGCGAAGCCUAAGACUCCGGCAGACAUGGCUUGCGAGUACUACCAGUUCGACUGGGAGUACGCGCAAAUGCCAGAGGAAUCAUCAUGGAUAGCCAGUUCCUGGGGCAACAACUACACGUAUGAUACUGACGACGGCGGCUUCGGAGACGAGAACGAGAUGUCCAUCGACCAACGCGGCUUCAAGUACUUCAUUCAAGCGGAGGCAGCCGAUUUUCUCGAGCCCGACCAACUCAUGCUGAACUCAACAGUCACGAAUAUCACAUACUCAUAUGAAGGCGUCAAUGUGACUUUGACUGAUGGGACGGUGCUGCUUGCGGAUUAUGUCCUCUGCACAUUCAGCCUGGGCGUCUUGCAGAACGACGACGUCACGUUCGAUCCUGCCUUGCCGGACUGGAAGCAGGAGGCGAUCCAGAGCAUGACCAUGGCUACCUACACGAAGAUAUUCCUGCAGUUCCCAGAGGAUUUCUGGUUCGGGACCCAAAUGGGUAUCUUCGCCGACACCACACGUGGCUACUACCCCGUGUGGCAGAACAUGAACCUCACGGAGUUCUUCCCCGGUUCCGGUGUCAUCUUCGUCACCGUAACGGGCGAUGAGUCCGAGCGCAUUGAAGCCCUCUCUGACGCCGAGGUACAGGCCGAGGUCGUGGAAGUCCUCCACGACAUGUUCCCCAACGUGACCAUCCCCGAGCCUACGGCAUUCUACUUCCCGCGCUGGCACAGCGACCCUCUCUUCCGCGGCUCCUACUCCAACUGGCCGUCGUCGUUCUUCAGCGGACACCACCAGAACCUCCGCGCCACGGUCGAGCAGCGUUUGUGGUUCGCGGGCGAGGCGACGAGCCAAAAGUACUUCGGGUUUUUGCAUGGCGCAUACUACGAAGGUCUGGAUGUCGCGACGCAGCUAGCGCAGUGCAUUCAAGCGGGCGGGUGCACGGGUAUUACGCACGUCCCCGAGAUCACGAACGCUCUACCUUACACAAUUUGA